UAAUUAAGAUUGGCAAAAAAUGUAAAUUAGUUGGAAAGAUGAAAAAACAAUUCAUUGAUGAAUUGCAGUAAACUUUGAUAGGAGAAAUUAAAACUAGUGACAUUUGCAUUUCGUUGCUAUGGAAAUGAGAGUUAAUAAUACUUGUUCAAACUUGUAUACUAUAAAUGUCAAAUUCCAGUAUAUGCUUUCAUAAACGUCGUAUGUUUAUGAAAGCACCAUGGGGGAUGCAGAUAAUGGGAAGAAGAUCUUUAUGAGAUCUUGUGCGCAAUGUCACACUACUGAAGCUGGUGGCAAGCAUAAGGUUGGACCAAAUUUAAACGGGUUAUUUGGAAGAAAGUCUGGAUCAGUUGCUGGAUUUAUGUAUACAGAAGCAAACAAGAAAAAAGGAAUCGUUUGGGGCAAGGACACACUAGACACCUAUUUGAAGGAUCCCAAGAAGUAUAUACCGGGUACCAAAAUGGUCUUCGCCGGAUUGAAAAAAGACAGUGAAAGACAGGAUUUAAUCGCGUACUUGCAGAAAGCAUGCAAGUAAUAUCAUCGCCCAAUAAAUGGAAAAAGGAUUCAUGACUCUCCAGAAUUUAUAAGUGCCCUUUAUAUUUUAACAAUCAGGAAAUAAAUACAGGAUUUGGA